UGUUCCGGGCGGACUGCCCGAACACCUAAUAAGUAAAAAAUUCCGUCUUCGCCACUCGGUGCGUUGUCUAACCAUGGAGGUAGAAAUAUUUCUGCCUGCUACCUCCAUGGUCUCACCAUCCAGUCGCUUUGCUUGAUUGUGGCUAAACCAAGAUAUCAGAGCCCAGAAUGAUCUAGACGGUGGGUGACUUGGCUCAAUGGAGGGAUUUCCUUAUUCAACAGUUCAAUAGAAUUAAGCGAUUAUAUAAGUCUUUGUUGGGCGUAUUCGUUGAGAGCUCAUUCACCGGUGUUUACGCGGAUUUCUUGGUCGUGUAUGACAUGGCAAUACCGUGUAUGGACGGGCUGGAGACAUAUAUGGACGGGCUGGAGACAUAAUUGUGCAUUCGGUAUACUACACUGAAAUUUCAAUGUGCAACCUUGGAUCUUUCUUGAGAGAGAAUUCGAAACUGUCUUUUCACUUCAACACUUCAACUUUACACCAGAAUCGGAAUUUUUAGGGAGCAAGCCUCCAAGGGUCAGCCAGUGGCAUGGAGCUCAAAAUGGCGAGAGCGAAAGAAAUCUUCAUGUGCGUUGUAAUCGUCGGUCUGAUUGUUCAAGGAUGUUUCUUAUUGAUGACUUCAAGCGUUCACAAACAUAAGAACAUUGUAAUCAUGACGAACAUUCGGGCCAUGACAAACGACAUCAACCAUCUUGCAAUAGAGCGCCACCAGCGCUCAAACAACGAGAGUGAACAAUUAAUUGCGAACGAUGUAGAUAAACAAAUUCCGCAGCAAAGGGUUGCCUCGACCAAGUUGUUGACCAUUGAUCAAGCCACUGUCAAGAAGACGUCUCCAAACUCGUCCACGGAGGGCCGCUGCCAUUACAGGGUCCAAGUGUACGACAAAAAUGGAAAACUUUCUGUACACAAACCAGUGCUUAAAAAUGUUGUUAAACGAUCUACAGGUGGAGCAGUUGUACGAUCCACCAUACCCUGCGACAAUCAGUGCACUAUUGAGCUCACUCUCGCUGAUGAAAAGAACAAGUUUGAAGGAAUGGAUGCAGUUGUCUUCCAUUUCAUGAAACUCCUUAUUCCGAAACCUCUUCCAGAGCCGGCACAUCCCAACCAGACGUGGAUAUAUCACUCGUGGGAGUCCCCGCGUUCAAACAACGGCGAAGGUUUAAAGAUCAACCGUCUACCUGUCCACGCCACGUGGACAUACCACCGGGGCUCGGAGAUCGUCACUCCGUACGGAUUCUACCGGCCAGGGGUCCCAAUGACAAACCAGACGAAAUCACCCCAGGAAUGGGUUAAAGGAAAGAGGAAAUUGGUAGCGUGGAUGGCCAGUAACUGUGUUAACACCUUCUGGCCAAGGAGUGCCUUUGUGAGCGAAUUGAAGAAAUUGGUUCCCGUGGAUACUUAUGGAGCGUGCGGAUCGUUGAAAUGCACACCGAGCUGGUCAAAGAAAUGCACGGUGGACUUACUGCGACAGUAUAAGUUCUACCUGUCUCUGGAGAAUGCGGAAUGCAGUGAUUACAUCACGGAGAAACUCUGGCAGAAACCGCUGAUGCAAGGAGUGGUUCCAAUCGUCUACGGUCCCAACAGAAAAGUCUACGAGGAUCUCACACCUCCAAAUUCAUUCAUAUACGUUGGUGAUUACACGAACAUGAAAGAACUAGCGGAUUACCUCAAACUGUUGGACUCCAAACCCGAGCUGUAUGCCCAAUAUUUAGCGUGGCAGUACAAGGGUAGCAUUGGACUUCCUAAACCGAUGCACGAGUCACAUGAACCUACCAUCUUCUGCAAUCUUAUACCGACGAUAGAGAAAGUUAGACGGGGGGAGUUGAAGAGAGUGCCGGUCGGACAAAGCAAAUUUGCAAGAGCGUGUAGGGCUCCCGUUAAAGGUCGAUCGGUCUCAAUUUACGGUGUACGGAAAUGGGACCCUUGGUAAAAUAAUAUUUAUAAAAAUGUAUUGAUUUAUAGUGUGUCCUUCCAUAAAAAUAUACACAAGCGCGUAACAAAAUAUAGGCAAUGCUUACAAAGCUAACAACUGGUAAAGGCUAGGAAAUACGAAAAUCCACCCUAAAGAAGGAAGACAAAAUUAUUCACAUGGCAGGGAAAAGCGGCCAUCUUGGAUUUAUUAAUAAGCAAAAGUUUAAAACGCGAUUAGGUUAACAAAAUACUACUACUAAUAAUAUUCAACAAAUAGUUAAUGGCCUGACGGUUCGACCCUAGCAGAGUCUUAAUAAUAUUAAUAAAGUUUAAUAGUUCAUUUUGAUCAGUCUUCGGUUUUUUAUUUUUUUUCAAUUCGGAAAAUAAAUGUUCCAAAAGAAGGUUUUAGUCGGCAAAAAAUUAGAGUUUACAGGUAACAGAGCGCACCUUAAAGGGACACGUUGCCUUGGAUCGGACGAGUUGGUCUAUAAUAGGGUUUAAGGCGUAACGCAGUAAACAGAUUUAACACCGGGAAAUAUACACACAUGUUACAGUCGGGGCUAAGCAAGUGUGAUUGUCAGGGUGCAUUCAGACGUGUUUCCAUUGUUCUUUUCAACCAACCAAAGCAAGGCAUUUCGGGGUAAGGGUGCUUGUCUUUCUGCUGGGAACCGUCAUUGAAUAUUCUGCCACCAAGGAGUUAAGAUAGAUUGUAUAGUUUCGCAAAAUUCCCUCCCUCCCUCCCGUGGGAUUAAUGGAAGGGUCAGGGUAUGACGGCAUACGUGAUACAGAUUGAGUUGACUAAUAAUCUUAUAACUUUAACGUAGCUAAAUUAAAGCGGUAAGUUUAGGUUUUUCCUAUAAACAAGCUAAUAGGCAUGGAAGCCUGUGAGGAAAGUGGUAAAUUAAUUUAUGUGAAUUGAUAUGGAUAAAUAUGGUGGUAAUAAAAUGAUGUGAUUGUAUAAAUAAAGAAGUAAAUUAAAUUGGUACCUUCUUGGCAACUCGCUGGAAGUGGGAACCUCAUUGACCCGGAGUUUCUCCAGUCAAUGAGUGCAUUUAUAAUAAUAAUUGUAAAUGGUCUGGUACCUUCUUUGGCAAAUCGCUGAGAAGUGGGAACCUUUGCGGAUUGGAAUUUUACCGUUCGCAAAGUGAGGAAUUGGGAACCUUUGCGGAUUGGCCGCAAAGUGUAUUUAUAAUUGGAAUUGGUAUACUUCUUUAUGAGUGGAUAUCACUGGAUGGAAUUAAAUAAAGGGAAAUCCCUUAUAUUAUUAUUAAUUGGCGUUUUACCACUGAAUUCAGAGUACGGAAUAAGUUAACUCUUGGCAGGGUUCACUACAACAACAAAUCCUUGUGUCUGUGUAUAUUUAUCAGGUGGUAAAAAGCGUUUAUAACCGUUUGUCAUUAAAUGCAUAUGGUUGGAAAGAUGUUUUAAAAGUAGAACACCAAUAGUGCAAUACCAAAUGUGUCCAGUGUCUUUAACAAUACACUGACAAAUAAACCCAAAGUAAAUUUACAUAAUUCGUUUUGAUAUUAUAACAAAGAGCAAAGCAUUAUAAAAUGUUCAACUAUUAACAGCUGAUCGACAGGGAUUUUGACUAUAGGCAAUAUCAGUUUGUUUGGUUUUUAGCCAGAAAUGUUCUAUAAAAUUAUUUAAAUAAAUGUUUGCAUACCAUGCAAGCAAGGCAAGUCACAACUUUAUUAAAAGCCUCAAUUAUCCUAUAAAGAUGAAAGUUUAGGGCCCAAUUUCAUAGAGCUGCUCAAGCACAAAAAUGUGCUGAAAGGCAGUGGACACUAUUGGUA